GUUAUGACCAAUGAGAGAUUACCAACUCUUUGAUUAUGGGUUGGCUUAUUCAUUCAAUGGUGCCAGACAUUGGCGAGGGCUACUUAUCUAUGGAGACUGCCUAAGAUAUUUGGGAUACUGUGGCUACCACCUAUUCCUACAAAGGGAAUUUCUCACAAGCAUUUGAGUUACACCACUCUAUUGGGAGCUCUGUUCAGGGGGAGCAAACGGUUCUUCAGUACUUCACCUUCCUCACCAAUGGAUGGAAACGCCUUGAUCACCUGCAGGACUAUAAGCCUGUUUGCACUGUCGAUUUAGUCGGGUAUCGGAAGUUUGUUGCACAGGAAAAGGUCUUCAAGUUUCUGGCCGGUCUUAAUGUGGAGUAUGAUCCGGUUCGGAGUCGGGUUCUGAGUAUGGACACCCUUCCUUCACUUCAGGAGGCAUUUGCCUAUGUACAAAAUGAGGAGAGUCGGCUGCUAUGAUGUCCCUUGUCUUUACCGACCGCUCAGCAUUACUGUCUACCUAUAGUGAUGGCCUCAGCCUGACUCCUAUCCCUCCGUCUGCCGCCAAGGAGUUUGUAUUCUGUGAUUACUGUAAAAAGCCGCGGCAUACUCGUGAGACGUAUUAGAAGCUUUAUGAGAUUCCAUCCAGGGGUCGAGGUGAUCGGUCAGGUACUAGAGGAGGUCGGUCAGGCCAGUCUCGAGGACGUGGCUCCUAUCCACGAGCUCAUCAGUCUAGUGCCGUUGAUACACUUGAUGAUACUUUCGCUUCCAUUGGCCAGGCUUCUAAUGGUCUUUAUGGCAUGACUACCCCUGAGCUUAAGGAUGCUCUAUGUCACUUGUUGGACCGCCAGUCUUCUACUGCUCUCAGUACAUCGUCAUCGUUGUUUGCCCGCUCAGUUAACUUAGCCUUUUCUCCUCGUGUUUUCCUGUCUCAUAAGUCUUUGCCCUGGAUUAUUGAUUCUGGUGCCUUAGAUCAUAUGUCUGGAUUCUCUGACCUUUUCUCUGCCUAUAAGCCAUCUUUAGGUCAGGACAAAGUUAGGAUUGCAGAUGGUACUGUUUCUUCCAUUUCUGGAAAAGGACCUUGUCACGUGGAGGACAAUUGGCAGUAGUAGUGCAAAAAAUGGUCUCUACUUCCUAGAUCAACCUGAUAAGCUUGCUCAUUCUUUCACCGCGAGUCGUAUUACCUAAGAUGAUUUAUGGCUGUGGUAUUGACGUCUUAGGCAUCCUUCUUUUUAUUUACUUAAGCAUUUAUUUUCAUCUAGUUUCGUAAACAAUAAUGUGUCUGAUUUUCUUUGUAAGUCUUGUCAAAUUGGAAAACAACACAAAGCUUUUUUUGCUCACAGUUUUAAUAAAAGUUUAGUUCAUUUUUCAUUAAUACAUUCUGAUGUUUGGGGUCCCUCUCGUGUUAUGUCUGUAAAAGGUCAUCGAUGGUUUGUUACAUUUAUUGAUGAUUUUUCUCGUUCUACUUGUGUGUUUCUCAUGAAAGACGAGUGAGAUUUUCUCUGUGUUCCGCAAUUUUCAUCAGUUGAUUUGUACUCAGUUUUGGGCCACCGUCAAAAUAGUCCGUUUUGAUAAUGGGGGUGAAUACAUAGAUUCUGGGUUAGGGCAAUAUUUUUCUACUCAUGGCAUUAUCCAUCAGACCUCUUGCACCAAUACCCCUCAACAAAAUGGGGUGGCGGAACGCAAGAAUUGCCAUCUUCUUGAGAUGGCUCGAUGCAUGUGUUUUUCUAUGAGUGUGCCUCGAUCCUACUGGGGCGACGCUGUUCUCACUGUUACCCAUCUUAUUAAUCGUCUUCCUACCCAGGUCUUGCAAAAACAAGCUCCUCUUGAAGUCCUCCUCGGUUCCCACUCCUUGUUUUCUAUUCCUCCCAAAAUAUUUGGUUGUGUUUGUUUUGUCCAUAAUUACUCUCCCAUUUGUGGUAAGUUGGUUCCUCGCUCCCUUAAUGUGUUUUCCUUAGUUACU